AUGUACAUCUCUACCUCACUACAGAUCCGACUUGCCGCUUCCCCUUACCUCCUCACCCACCUCAUCAUAUCUGACCACUCCUACGCUCCACUCUGCUCCAUAGCUGUCGAGCUUCCCGCCAGAGCCCCCCGUCCAUGGCGGCUUAGCCCAUCUCUCGUCUCGCGGCCGUACAUAGCCAAGGCUUUGGAAGAGCACAUCCUUGCCUUGCCCCCCUCUCCGUCUCCGGAAGAAUGGGAUGCAUGGAAACAUGCCCUCACGCUACGCCUCAAAAGAUUUUCCAACCAUGAACGACGACGUGUACACAAGACGCUUGAGCAUCUUCAUCACCUUAUUAACCACUUACAAUUACAGUCUGCAAUUUCCCCUUUAGACUCGGAAUCGGCAUCUCGCCUUUGCAAGGCCCAGCAGCAGCUCGCAAGAUACACUGCCGCUAAAGCCGCUGAACUUGCUCUCAAAGCCAAACUCAAGGUCGAGGGCCAUCGCGAGAUGGGAAUUUCAUCUCUUCUCGCAGGACUGAACUCCCGCAUUAAAGCCUCCCUUAUCACCUCCCUCACCCUGCCUGGUGGACAAACUAUUAGCGAUCUCCCCUCCAUGACAACUGCCUGUUCUAGUUUCUUCGAAUCUCUUUACAGUGGCGUCCCAUCCGCCUCCCCCAAUCCCGGCUUUUGGGAACACAUCCCUCGUUCCUCCCCCCCCCCUGCCCUCGCCUCUACACUCGCAGCCCCUUUCUCCCUUCUUGAAGUUGGUAAAGCCCUUGGUCAGCUCUCGCAAGGGAAGACCCCAGGCCCAGAUGGACUCCCUGGAGAAUUAUUCACGUUUUACAAGACUCGCCUCGCUCCGGCCUUCCUGGCCCUCCUGGCCUACCCGCCCUCCUCCCUGCCCCCCUCUAUGCUCUCCGGUCGGACGGUGCUCAUCCCCAAAAAAGGGGAAGCCUCCCUAAUAGAUAAUCUACGCCCCAUCACCCUCAUGAACGCAGACUACAAGGUUCUAGCCCUCUGCUUGGCCAACCGACUCCAACGCCUCCUUCCUCUCGUUAUACAUCCUUCUCAAACGGCUUUCAUCAAACACCGCAAGAUCGGCGAUACAAUUAACGACACGCUCGAUAUUAUGGAUUGGGCUACCUUCACACACACACCCCUCCUCGCCUUGACGGUGGACUUUCGUAAGGCCUACGAUCUGCUAGACCGGCCUUUCUUAUUUCAGGCUCUUUCCCAUCUUGGCGUCCCGGAGGGCUUCAUCCAGUGGAUCCGCCUCAUGCACCCCAACACUUCUACCCGCAUCUUUGUCAAUAACAUGGACGGUGCCCCUUUUCCAGUGCGCACUGGCGUCCGGCAGGGUUGUCCACUCGCCCCCCUCCUGUUCGUCUGCGCCAUCGAGAUUUUGCAUCGCUACAUGUCUUUAUACCUCCCUGGCUUCCCCCUAUCGCCUACAAACAAGCGUCUCAUGGCCUGCUAUGCAGAUGACGUUACAAUUUUCCUCUCGUCCGACAAGGAGCUCGAAACGGCCACUGCCCAUCUCCUGAUCUUUGCGGCAGUCUCUGGUGAACGCCCGAACUGGAAUAAAUGCUCCAUUAUCCCAUUCAAUAUCCCGGACCACUUCAUCACCCACGCAGGUCACAUCCCUAUACGAGCUUCCAAUGAGGCUGAACGAAUUCUCAGAAUUUUUGUCGAGAAAAAUCUAUCCAACACCGACACCUGGACUACCACUCUGUCUCGCAUCGAACGCUCCACCAAAUUCUUAGCUGCCCUCCGCGCGACCGCCACAUGUCGCAAGUUUCUUGCCUCUGUUUUCCUUAAUUCAGUUCUUUCCUUCCCUGGUCGGUUCCAGCCUCCCCCACCUGACAUACUUGCUAGGCUGGAUACUGUAGUGAGCACCUUCCUCUCAUCGUCCCGGUUUAAGGAAACUGGUUUUGCCAUGCCCAUAAUCCCAUACCGGCUUCUUUACAACUCGACGAGACACGGAGGCCUUGGCGCUACCCGCCCAUCCAUCCAAAUUAAGGCCCUCACGAUCCAACGUGCCCUCCGCCGCUUUGGUGCUACGCCCUCUGAGGAGGUCGCACGCUGUGCAAUCUCCCUUCCUUUUGGCUCCCACGCUUUCCUCUCCCACAAGCUGAUUCUGUCGGCCAAUACUCUGCCCCCCUCCAUCCCCCCUUGCGCUCUUGCAGAACUCAAAGACUUCCUGUCCCUCCCUACUGCCGUGGCCCCUCCGCCUCUCUCUUCGAUGUGCCUUCUUGCUGAACCAACAGCGUUCAACCGCUUCAUCCUCAAACCCAACGGUAGACCUUUUGGUACCACCAAAUUUGAGCGGUUUCUACUGUCUAAACGGGUCAGGCUCGGCGACAUUAUCCAAAUUUCACUCGACGGGCUCGGUCCUAUCCCCGAAAACGUGUUUGCCACCAAAUACCCGCUCACCGACCUUCAACCCAGUUACCAAGUUAUCUGUGCAGUCCUGGAGGUUGUUCCUAAACCAUGGAAGGACGAGAUUCGUGCCCCCUCCCUUGCCUCCGCAUCCCCGGGGGACUAUUUCAUUCCAAAGGAAGACCUACACUCCCCCCCUUCCCUCAUUCUACAAUCAACCUCGUUCUCUCCUCCUUUCACGCUCUCCGCCACCCUUCAUCGGGUACUGUCAAACGGAUUCUUUGAGCGUGCACCCUUUGAGUCUGGGGUUUUCCACAUUAAAGAUGUCGUGGCGGUUCACACCCAAGGUCAUUGGGUGGCUGGUCCGCUACAUACAGGUGCAGGGCUCGGCGCGCGGUUGGAGACUCUUCGUGAUGGUGUCCCGAGCCUCGCUGCUAUCCGACAACUACUUUAUACGCGGCGCCCGCUCGACCACGACUCACCCUUCAACGCGAUCUUCUAUACCGCUUCUACACGCGCUCUCUUCUUUCAGGCACCCGGUUCUUGUUCUCUGCAGAUAGAGGCCGCUGCUCGCGCUGCUCCUCCAACGAGACUGAGACUAUCUCACAUAUCUUCUUUGUCUGCGGAGCAGCCCCUGAUGUGA